AACUUUCUCAAUCUUUCCGUCUCUCUCUCUCUCUCUGACUCUCUCACUUUUCAUUUUCUCAACCACUCUUUUACACUAUUUUCAGACUCAGUUCCUUGUUUAGUCAGGGAGAGAGAGAGAGAGAGGGAGAGACACAGACACAGACACACACAGAGGGGUUCUUCAAUCUUCAAUGAAAGGGGAGGGAAAGAUGGUGUUGAAUUCUAGAAUGAAAUGGGUUGGUCUGGUUGGACUUGUGCUCUCUGCUUUUUCUCUCUUCAUUCACUUUUUGCUUGCUAGAUUUAGUGCAGAGGCCAUUGUAGAUUACCAGUCUUCAAUCACUCUCUUCUCUUGGCGACCCAUCUUUGAAAGUCCUCUUUUUCCCAUAACUAGUCCAAUGUAUAGAAGACUGUGGGGUCCUGUAAGGCGUCUUGAGUUUUUGCAUCCUGAUGCAAAUCCAAGAGGACACUAUGCUGAUGUCAGUUCACAAACAAAUGGGUUUAUCUUUGUUAGAAUACAAGGAGGUUUCCAUGAGAUCAGGAAUUCGAUAUGCGAUGUGGUUGUGGUUUCUCGGCUUCUAAAUGCUACUUUGGUAAUUCCUGAGAUCCAAUCAACUACAAGCAAGAAGGGGAUUAGUUCUGAGUUCAAGAGUUUUGCAUACCUGUACAAUGAGGAACAGUUCAUGGCAGCAUUAGCAAAAGAUGUGAAAGUUGUAAAGACUCUUCCAAAAAAUCUCAAAUGGGCAAGAAGGAAGAAAGAAAUUCCAAGUUUCAAAGUGCGUUACUCAGCUUCACCAUAUUAUUAUCUGAACCAAGUUCUUGUAGUAUUGAAGAGGCAUUCGGUGGUUGAACUAGUUGUGUCUGAAGGUGGAUGCUUGCAGGCCAUCCUUCCUCCCCAACUUCAACACAAUGAAGAGCUUCAAAGGCUGAGAUGUAGGGUUGCUUUCCAUGCUCUACGGUUCCGGCAAGAGGUCCAGGAACUUGCCACCAAAAUUUUACUUAGGUUAAGGGCUCCUGGACGGCCAUUUAUAGCCUAUGAUCCUGGGAUGACGAGAGAUGCUUUAGCAUAUCAUGGAUGUGCGGAACUCUUCCAGGAUGUACAUACUGAAUUGAUCCAGCACAAAAGGUCUUGGAUGAUGAAACGUGGGAUUGUCAAGGGGAAGCUUCCAGUGAAUUCAGCUAAGCAACGCCUUAAUGGUUCUUGUCCACUAAUGCCAGAAGAGGUUGGUAUUCUUCUUCGUGCUUAUGGAUACUCAUGGGACACGAUAAUAUAUGUCUCUGGCGGAGAAGUCUUUGGUGGUCAAAGGACAUUAAUUCCUCUUCAUUCUAUGUUUGAAAAUGUUGUUGAUAGGACCUCCCUUAGCACCCCAUGGGAGCUUACUUGGAUUUAUGGUCGUGAGGCUAACCUUGUCAGCAGCUAUCCUAGUACUCCACCUUCGAUUGAGAAAGAGAUGAAGCAUGAAGCUUGGAAAACUGCAGGCCCACGCCCUCGGCCGCUUCCACCACCUCCAGCCCGACCAAAAUCAUAUAACAUUGAAGGUUGGUGGGGUUGGGUGGCUGAGAGCGAUAAUGAGCCUGAGAGCACGGUAAUGGAAUUGCGGACCAAUGCCCAUAAAUUGCUAUGGGAAGCAAUUGACUAUGUUAUAUGCAUUGAAGCUGAAGCGUUCAUCCCUGGAUUCGAUCGUGAUGGCAAGGGACAUCCAAAUUUUGCUAGCUUGGUUAUGGGGCACAGACUCUAUCAGUCAGCUGCACUGAAAACAUAUAGGCCAGACAGAAAAGAAGUUGCCAAGCUUUUUGAAAAAAUCCAGGAUCAUCUAUAUCAUGCAAACCAUACUUGGCUAAAAUCAGUACGGAAGCAUAUGAGAAAGAGAUUGAUUGAUGGACUAAUAGAAGCAUCUACGAAAUCAAAACCAAUGUCUUUUCUCUCUCAUCCAGUUCCUGAAUGUUCUUGCUUGAUGUAUGACUCUACUGAAACAGAAGUUCAUGCUUCAAGCCCUUCAACUCAAUCACAAGUUCAGGCUGCUCUUGGCAUUGCGCAUCAAUGCCCGGCCUGGAUGAAAAGUGAUUUGAUAUUGUGGUCAAAAGACAAGGAUAAUGAAGAGGAUCUUGAUGAGGAUGAUUCCACAUCAUCUGGAUUGUUUUUCCGACAAGGUGGUGAAAAUCAUGAAAGUGGAGGUGGGGAAUCAAACAACAAAGAAGAAGCUCAAAUGGAUGAUCAAGAGGAGCUUGAGGGUGGAGAAAGAUAGUGAGAGACGAAAUGAGUGCCAGUGAUGGUGUCUCUUUGUGUGCUCAUUAUGCACUUUUUACAGCUUCGUUAGUUGUAUAUAAAUGACAAUUUUAUUUGUCUGUUCCAGGAAAGGUCGGAAUUUAUUCUCAACUUUAGUUCAACAAGACAAGCAAGUUCUCUAACUAUGGUUCAAGAACUCAGUGACUCGGGCACAUUUUAAUUCAGCUCAUGUCAGUUUGGAUCCGCAGCUCUGGUAUGAAGCACUUUUAUGUUGUAUUGGAUAGUGUAAUUUAGUUUAGUUCAAUACCCUUUGGGGAAUAUCUUCUUACUCUCUUCAUAUAUGUAACCACACAAUCAAUUUUGAUGUAACUUAGCAUGUCUAUGGAAAUUUGAAAAUCUAAUUUGUCUGUUGUA